AUGACCGCUCCGACCCGUCGCGUGACAUACGUCCGUCUAGGCAACUCUGGGCUCAAAGUAUCCAAGAUCAUUUUGGGCUGCAUGAGCUACGGAUCUUCAAAAUGGAUGCCUUGGGUUCUGGAUGAAGAAGAAGCUGUCAAGCAUAUCAAGUAUGCUUAUGAUGCGGGUAUCCAGACGUUCGACACCGCUAACGUAUAUUCCGCUGGCGAGAGCGAGAUCAUCCUCGGAAAAGCCAUCAAGCAGCUUGACCUUCCCCGCGAAGAGAUCGUCAUAAUGACCAAGGUUGGCCUCACCGUAGCCCGGACGCCUGAUCAAGCCGAGAUGGUGCGCGUACUUUUCAACCCUGCUCAAGCGGAGAAAGAGGGAUACGUCAAUCAGCGCGGGUUGAGCAGGAAACAUAUAUUCGACAGCGUGAAGGCGAGUCUGGAGAGAUUGGGGGUGGAGUACAUCGACGUGUUGCAAUUUAAUGCAGAGUAUGGCCUUUCAUUAUAUGAAGUGGUAAAUGCUGAUACAGUGCUCGACGUCACAGACUACGCGAUCGAAAAUAACUUCACUCCCUUCAUCUCGAUGCAGAACCAGUACAACCUCCUCUAUCGCGAAGAAGAGCGAGAGAUGAUGCCUACCAUCAAGCAUUUCGGCGUAGGCUCCAUCCCAUACAGCCCACUCGCCCGUGGUGCAGUGACCCGUCCUUACCAACCCGAAGGCAAGAGUGAAGGCAACGAUACGGGUUCUAAGAGGGGAGAGAUGGAGUCUGCGUCUCUUUAUUUCAAAACUUACUUUGGGGAGGGUUCUGGUGGGAAGGUAAUCGUCGAUCGUGUUCAGGAGCUUGCCAGGAAGCGCGGUAAGACGAUGGCGCAGAUAGCUCUGGCGUGGGUCAUAGCUAAAGAUGCGGUAUCUGCUCCCAUCAUCGGAACCACAUCGCUUGAGAAACUGGAGGAUAACAUAGGUGCCUUGGAAAUUGAGCUCAGAGUGGAUGAAAUGAAGUAUCUCGAAGAAGGCUAUAGCGCAUUGCCGGUUACUGGCCACUGAAGGGAGACUCUUUUCGCUUGUACGAAGGAAGUGCAAUGAGUCUUACCAUCGUCGUCAGUUUGGGUCUUUCGUCAUAGUGUGGCCGAUUAACGCCGCACUCAGCAUACAGUGCUUGUACGCCAGAAGUUUGUUAGCUCAUUUGUUUACUGCGCAGCUCCUGAGAGCUCGUGAAUCAUCUGCUGGAAAUAGCAUCUCAUGAAUCUGUGGACUGAAGUUGGGAAACGGCUCUCAUGGUCGAGUCCAAGUCGAGGUUGGUUCGAGUUUCCGCCUUUACGCUUUCCAAUUUGAAGACGUCCACUUGGGAUGGUCGGGUUGUACAUACAUCGAUUGGGUGAAUUCGUAGAAGACCA